AUGAGGCUAUGGAAAAAAGCAACGGGAGUUCUAAAAGAUAAAUAUAGCAUUUGGGCUGCAAAACUUUCACCUUAUGGACCAUGUAGAAACCCUGAUCUUGAAACCGUUGUUAUAAAAGCUACAAGCCAUGAUGAACAAUGCAUGGAUUAUAAAAAUGUUCAAAGGGUUUUUCAAUGGCUACGUACAUCACCUUUAUACCUUAAACCACUUUUAUAUGCACUUUCAAUGAGGAUGCAAAGGACACGUAGUUGGGUUGUUGCACUCAAAGGUUUAAUUUUAAUUCAUGGUAUUUUUUGUUUUGAUUUACCAAUGGUUCAAAGAAUGGGAAGGUUACCAUUCGAUUUGUCGCAAUUUAGUGACGGUCACAUAAACCCCGAAAAGGGUUGGGUUUUUAACGCUUUCAUUCGUUCUUAUUUCGCUUAUUUGGAUCAAAAGUCGACGAUUUUGAGAACCGAAGCGAAAAGAUUACAAAACAAAAAUCGGAAAGAAAGUGAGGAAUUAACAUUGGUUGAAGAGUUGGAAAAAUUGGAGGAGUUACAAAAAUUAAUUGACAUGUUGUUACAAAUUAAGCCUAAGAGGGAUGUGGACAUGAAUGUUGUACUUAUUCUUGAAGCAAUGGAUUGUGUUAUGGAUGAAAUUAUUGAAGUGUAUGGAAAAUUUUGCAAAGAGAUUAAACGUGUGUUGUUGAGGAUUUGUGAUAUUGGUGGAAAAGAAGAAGCAAUUAUUGGUCUUGAUAUUAUAAGAAAAUCUCAAUCACAAGGUGACAAAUUUCAUUUGUACGUUGAUUUUUGUAGAGAAAUUGGUGUUGUUAACACUUCGGAGUGUCCUAAAAUUUUGAGAAUUUCGGAAAAGGAGAUUGAAGAACUUAAGGAAAUAAUUAAUGAAUGUGAUGAGAAGGCUAUUGUGGUUAAAGAUUUUAAUAAGGGAUUAGAUAAUGGUUUAAAGACUGUGGUUACGGAUCAAUGGGAAGUUUUUCUUGAUGAUGCUAUUGUUAAUGUUGAACAACAUGGUCCUCUUAAUGAUACUAUGUUAUUAAGCAUUGUUGAUACUAAUAACCCUUUUGUGGAAGAAUCUUAUAGUAUUGUACCUUUUAAUCCUGUUCAGAAUUAUGAUCUUCCAGAUCUAAUUUGUUUGUGA